CCUCUUCCCCGGAGGCGGGGACCUUCGGCCAAGAUGGCGACCUACCUGCAGUGGCGGCGCUUCGUUUUCUUCGACAAGGAGCUGGUGAAGGAGCCACAGGGCAAUGAUGGGGCUGCUCCCGGGGCCGCGCCUGCCUCUGGACCCGCUGCUUCCAAGUUCCUUUGCCUCCCUCCUGGCAUCACAGUCUGCGACUCAGGCCGAGGGAGCCUAGUCUUUGGAGAUAUGGAAGGCCAGAUCUGGUUCUUGCCCCGCUCCCUACAGCUUACGGGUUUCCAAGCCUACAAACUACGGGUGACACACCUGUACCAACUGAAGCAGCACAAUAUUCUGGCCUCUGUUGGUGAGGAUGAAGAGGGCAUCAACCCCCUGGUAAAGAUCUGGAACCUGGAGAAGAGAGAUGGUGGCAAUCCACUCUGCACUCGAAUCUUCCCUGCCAUCCCGGGGACAGAACCGACUGUUGUAUCUUGUUUGACUGUCCAUGAAAAUCUCAACUUUAUGGCCAUUGGUUUCACAGAUGGCAGUGUUACACUGAACAAAGGGGACAUCACUCGGGACCGACAUAGCAAGACCCAGAUUUUGCACAAGGGCAGCUAUCCUGUUACUGGACUGGCCUUUCGCCAAGCGGGAAAGACCACUCACUUGUUUGUUGUGACAACUGAGAAUGUUCAGUCCUACAUAGUUUCUGGAAAGGACUAUCCUCGUGUGGAAUUGGACACCCAUGGUUGUGGCCUGCGCUGCUCAGCCCUCAGCGACCCUUCUCAGGACCUGCAGUUCAUAGUGGCAGGGGAUGAAUGUGUCUAUCUGUACCAGCCUGAUGAACGUGGGCCCUGCUUUGCCUUUGAGGGCCAUAAACUCAUCGCUCACUGGUUUAGAGGCUAUCUUGUCAUUGUCUCCCGUGACCGGAAGGUUUCUCCCAAGUCAGAGUUUACCAGCCGGGACUCCCAGAGCUCUGACAAACAGAUUCUCAACGUCUAUGACCUGUGCAACAAGUUCAUAGCCUAUAGCGCCGUCUUUGAGGAUGUAGUGGAUGUGCUUGCUGAGUGGGGCUCCCUGUACGUGCUGACGCGGGAUGGGCGGGUCCACGCACUGCAGGAGAAGGACACACAGACCAAACUGGAGAUGCUGUUUAAGAAGAACCUAUUUGAGAUGGCAAUUAACCUGGCCAAGAGCCAGCAUCUGGACAGCGAUGGGUUGGCCCAGAUCUUCAUGCAGUAUGGGGACCAUCUCUACAGCAAGGGCAACCAUGAUGGUGCUGUCCAGCAGUAUAUCCGAACCAUUGGAAAGUUGGAGCCAUCGUACGUGAUCCGCAAGUUCCUCGAUGCUCAGCGCAUCCAUAACCUGACAGCCUACCUGCAGACCCUACACCGGCAGUCCUUGGCCAACGCCGACCACACCACCCUGCUGCUUAACUGCUACACCAAGCUCAAGGACAGCUCGAAGCUGGAGGAGUUCAUCAAGGUGCAGGGUGGUGCUUUCAGAGGGUUCCUUGAGGGGCUUCACCAGGACUGCGGGGAGAGGGAAGAGCUGCCUGUAUUUAGGGACCAGAAUCCUCUGGUCUGUAGGCAAGGACGAGAAAUAGUCUUUUCUACAAAGAGUGAGAGUGAAGUCCACUUUGAUGUGGAGACAGCCAUCAAGGUCCUCCGGCAGGCUGGCUACUACUCUCACGCCCUCUAUUUGGCUGAGAACCAUGCUCAUCAUGAGUGGUACUUGAAGAUCCAGCUAGAGGACAUCAAGAAUUAUCAGGAAGCCCUCCGGUAUAUCGGCAAGCUGCCUUUUGAGCAGGCUGAGAGCAACAUGAAACGCUAUGGCAAGAUCCUCAUGCACCAUAUACCAGAGGAGACGACCCAGCUGCUGAAGGGACUCUGUACUGACUAUCGGCCUAGCCUUGAAGGCCGAGGUGAUAGGGAGGCUCCAGGCUGCAGGGCCAACUCGGAGGAGUUCAUCCCCAUCUUUGCCAACAACCCUCGAGAGCUGAAAGCGUUCCUAGAGCACAUGAGUGAGGUGCAGCCUGACUCCCCGCAGGGCAUCUAUGACACGCUGCUUGAGCUGCGACUCCAGAACUGGGCCCACGAGGAGGAUCCGCAGGUCAAAGAGAAGCUUCAUGCAGAGGCCAUCUCCCUACUGAAGAGUGGCCGCUUCUGUGAUGUCUUUGACAAGGCCCUGGUCCUCUGCCAGAUGCACGACUUCCAGGAUGGAGUCCUUUACCUCUAUGAGCAGGGCAAACUGUUCCAGCAGAUCAUGCACUACCACAUGCAGCACGAGCAGUACCGGCAGGUGGUGGCCGUGUGCGAGCGCCACGGGGAGCAGGAGCCCUCCCUGUGGGAGCAGGCGCUCAGCUACUUUGCCCGCAAGGAGGAGGACUGCAAGGAGUACGUGGCAGCUGUGCUCAAGCACAUCGAGAGCAAGAACCUCAUGCCGCCCCUUCUAGUGGUGCAGACCCUGGCCCAUAACUCCACGGCCACCCUGUCUGUCAUCCGGGACUACCUGGUCCAAAAACUGCAGAAACAGAGCCAGCAGAUCGCCCAGGAUGAGCUCCGGGUGCGGCGCUACCGAGAGGAGACCACCCGCAUCCGCCAGGAGAUCCAGGAGCUGAAGGCAAGUCCAAAGAUUUUCCAGAAGACCAAGUGCAGCAUUUGUAACAGUGCCUUGGAGCUGCCCUCAGUCCACUUUCUCUGCGGCCACUCCUUCCACCAACACUGCUUUGAGAGUUACUCGGAAAGUGACGCUGACUGCCCCACCUGCCUCCCUGAAAACCGCAAGGUCAUGGAUAUGAUCCGGGCCCAGGAACAGAAGCGAGAUCUCCACGAUCAGUUUCAGCAUCAGCUCAAGUGCUCCAACGACAGCUUCUCUGUGAUUGCUGACUACUUUGGCCGAGGUGUAUUCAACAAAUUGACUCUGCUAACCGACCCGCCCACAGCCCGACUGACUGCGAGCCUGGAGGCCGGGCUGCAGCGGGACUUGCUCAUGCACGCCAGGAGGGGCACUUAAGCGGCUAGUGGGAAGGGGUGUGAUGGUAGAGGCCCAGCAGCAGGGACACAGGGGUACAGAGACAGAGCUGUUGCAUAGGAGUCAGGGAGACCUGCCCAGGACCCCCCUCUCAUCUGAUGCCAUUGCCCUCAGGACUUAAGGGGACUUUCUUUUCCUGCCUCCUCCUUUGGCUGGCCAAUCCACCAUUCCUCCUGUUGCCUUUCUGAGCAGUGUAGAUCAUUCCAGACCAGUGGGGGAGGGUACCUCAGUAACCUCAGAGUCUGGACAAUAGCUGCUUUAUUCUCUAUCCAAGAGCACCAGGCUGUGCUUGGGUCCUGGCUCCCAGAGCCUAUAAAUAAAAGCAUAUAAUGAUUUCA